ACUGAGUCGCAUUGCAGGCAGUAGUCUACCAGCGUUACUUGCUGUAAGGUUGCACAAAGAUAAUGGGAUUUAUGUGUGGCAGCAAUGGUUGGAACAAUUGAAGCACCAGGAAGUUGAGACAGCCAGUGUUGUUCUCCUUGGCCACCAAUUACCCCCCAUGGUUCCCGCCCUGACUGAUCGUGUCGGUUGGCAUCUCCUCCCAGGAUUCUUUGCACUUCUCAGCCAGCACUUGCUCCAAUUCUCAGUUGUUUAAACAGCCUUCGGGAUACUGCGCGAGGCUUCACGUUCUCUAACUCGUACGGAUUCUCACGUUGCUCGCCAGACCAAUACCGAACCCCAUCGAACGCAUUAGAUCCAGUCAGGAGAACAUUCGCACUUCCAGCAUCGACAUGAAUUCUUUAGCAGGCUGGAAGCUGGUCAUCGUCGCGGCGAUCCUCGUUUUGACAUUCUUCAUUGGGCCCUAUGAUGUUCUGACAAGACCACCAACUGUUACAUCUCCGGGGCCAAGUACUCUUCCGCUACCCACCGUUGCCAUUAUAGCUACCGGAGGGCCUGCUUUAGGGAAGGGGAACUCCCCAACCGAUACCUCGCAUUACGUAUCCGGCGCUUAUAACAUCAACGAUGCGGUUGUUUCUAUUCUGCCAGAUCUGGAAGGAAUUGCGCAUAUUGUCACAGAACAAAUCCUUUCUAUCGAUAGCAUCGACAUUGGCACGGAACAACUAAUCAUCAUCCUACAUACUGUUAUGAAAUACCUCCGACGGCCAGAAAUAUCCGGAGUGGUUCUCGUUCUCGGAUCCAGCAAGUUAACUCUCGUGGCUAGGUUCUUAGAGCAUACAAUAGCGCUUGACUACUUCAAUAAGUCCGUUUGUCUGACUGCUGCUCCAAAGCCACUUACGGCGCAUGGCGCAGAAGGGCCUGGUAGCAUACUCUCGGCCACAAAGGUGUCGGUGGCAUCUCAUGACAACCGAAUUCUCAUCGUUUUUAAUGAUCUUAUCACGCUCGCAAGGCGUAGCUACAAACAAAACAAUGUGCUAUUCUCAGGGGACAGGUCACUCUUGGGGAGGAUCGUUGACUUUGGACCCGAGAUGAUACAUCGGCCAAGCAACAGCCCCAAGACGUUCCAGUUUGACGAGGAUCAGGUAUAUAACAAGACUAAGACUAAGUCCAAGUAUUUUCCCUCUAUGAGUGAAGAGAGGGAUUUCGAUAUCGCUACGAAAGAAGGGGUCAAGGGUGCGGUUUUAGGGGUAUUUGAGGAUGGAUAUUGGCCACAACCAUUGAUGCGAGGACUUAACAAGCUGAUGAACCAGCCGGAUGUUAUUGUGGCUGCAGUCCCUUAUGGCUUCUCUUUCAACAUGAAAGGAAGAAUUGAUGGAGUAGUACCAGCAGGUGACUGGACUGAUCGGGAUCUUAUGAUGAUUAUGCCAUUCCUCCUGGCGUCAAAUAUGAGUAGGGAAGAGAUUUUAGAUUUUAUCGAGACUCCUUACAAUGAAAUCUGAGUCUGGGAAUGUUCUUUAAUUCAGCAAUUCAGAACCCGCAGAAUCGAUG